CCAUGCCCCCUGGUAUUAUGCCCCCUGGUAACAUGCCCCCUGGUACCAUGCCUCCCUUCCCAUACCCCCCCCCUGGGUAUCUACCUUACCCCAGCGCCCCACCGCAUUACUCUAAUAGCACAGCAGCCUUAAGCCAGACAUACACAUAUACCCAGCCUACUAGCAACCUCCAGCGCUCAUCUACCCAGCCUGCCAGAAACCACCAGUUAACAUAUAUCCCGCUCACAAACAACCAGCCUACUGGCACCCUCCAGCAGCUAAACACCAAGUCCACUGGCAACCUGCUCCAGCUCAUGAACCUCCAACUCCCAAACAGCAAGCCCGCUAGCACCCGCCAGCUUACAUACAUCCAGCCAGCUAGCAACCCCCAGGUCAAAUCUACCCAGUCUGGUGGGACCCGCCAGCUUACAUACAUCCAGCCCGCUAGCAACCCCCAGGUCACAUCUACCAAGCCCGCUAGCACCCGCCAGCUUACAUACAUCCAGCCUGCUAGCAACCCACAGGUCACAUCUACCCAGCCCGAUAGCGAACUCAAGUUCACAAGCUCGGCUGUACUCACGCCAGCACUGAAAGUGUUGACCCCAGACCCAAUCUCCUUGAGCAAGGCCCAACAACUGAAGGAGCCGUCACACCCCCGCUGUCUGCAGUACGUUAAGACGGUGGUGCCCAAGGGCGGCAACCGCCGCGUAAGACGGCUCACCAAGUCAAGAGUCAAGAGAAACAGCCAGGCAUUUGGAGAAAGGUGUAAGAAAUACAGGAAAGAGGUUCUGAGAAAGAGGAGAAUAUAUCGAGAUCUCCAAGAGAAGAGAGAUGGACUGAUUGCAAGAGCUGCAGCGAAGGUGGCCGCUCAGGUGGCUGCAAAGUAUCCCAGGGCCCUCUCUGAAGCGGAAGCAGAGAGCGAUGUUGAAGGGGACAAAAAACCAAUGCCAGAAGAAGCGAUUAAGGGGAAACUAAAGAAAAAGCUUGAAGAGUUCAACCUGAAGAUGAAGCGGAAAUCGACACAACAAACACCAACAUAAACUCAAAGGCAGUUUGUUAUCUUCACUGGGCAUCAUGAGCUCAUCUCCCACUAGACUAGAACCUUCUGCUGACCCAUCCAGACCCUAUGGACAUCAGUUGGCUUACAUUCUUAGCUAGCAACCAUUUAUAGAUUUGUAAUGACACUAGCAAAGGAUUUGUUAUCAUCCUUUAAGACUACAUAUUGAAGAUUUUUUUUCAGUGUAUGUUCAGAUUGGAUUUAUCUGUACUAGCAUGGGUACGGCCAGGGGCUUUUCUUGACGACUUGAUCUGACUAGCAAAAAUGAUUGCCUAUAUAGGCUUUAAUUAGGGCCUGAAGGUUUUCCUAGGCUGGUCAUUUGGUCAGGAAAAACUCCUAACCCAUUUCUGUGGAUCCUCUUUCACUGUGUAUAUAUACAAAUAAAUAGUUAUUUUAUUUCUUUCUUUUUCUCAAUAAAAAGUAACUUCAAUAUGGAA